AUGGCCUACAUCUCGUAUGCCAGGGCGUUGAGUGAGACGAUGGUCUUCUUGCCAUCCCCAGACCAGGGGAUAAUUGAGACCAUCAGCUUGAGAGAGGGCCGCCUCGACUUCGAGCAGCGUCGUCUGGAACGACUUCCUGCCGCGGCUGCUGGCGCCCUCCUCUUCGCCUUCUGUGAGGAGUUUGUCGCGCCUGGCGGAAUGUCGCCAGAGAACUUCCGCCACGUCUGUGGCAUCCUACAACAGCUUCUGAGGUCCUCCGGCGAGAAGGGUGCCUUUGCCCGAGACCGUCUGCCCCUGGGCAUCCAGGGAGUGAAGGAGCUCGACUGGACGAAACAGAACGACCAGUUCCGUCCCAUUCGCGAAGAGCACCGCGGCAAGGGAAAAGAGCCAGAGCGUGAAAACCAGUCCCACACGUGGACCGGUCCGACAGGCGACAAGUACACAUUCCACGGCUGCUUUGACGAAGACCUGGUGAUCGUGGAUGAGUCUCUGAAGGAGGCUGGACUUUUGAAGUUUGUGUGUCACACCUUUGAUGUUCCUGGUAGCAGCCAAGUCAGAUGGUCGUGGCAAGUCUUUGCAAAGCUCAAUCACCCGGAAUUCGCGGCUUUCUGUCCUGGGCAGACUGAAACUGAAUUCCAAGCGUAUGGAACUCUCAUCCUGGCAAGCCUAAAAUUCUUCUCUGAGUGUCGAUGCUCUCACGAGCAACUCUGUCGACUUGGGGAGGAGCUCAUGCUCCGGCAAGAGAUCAAGCGCGGAGAGUUUCUGGCACUGACGACGGUCGCUUCAGAAUCUGCGGCUGUCGCAGUCGCUGAGUCGUCCCACCGCGGUGAUGAGAAGAAGCUUCCGGUAGGCCGUGACAGUGACUCUUCUGCCGACCCAGAUUCGCAAAAACAAAAAGAGAACACGCACUCACGAUCUUCAUCACAAACCUCAUCUUCCUCAGCACUUGACGCCAUGGACGCAACUCCUAUUGGAGAGGUGCUGGUCCACAACCAGGAAUCCAAGAAGGCAAAGAAGCCCAAAAAGAAGAAGAAGAAGCCAAAGAAGCAGGCAAACACACAGUCUCCAACCCCGUCUGAACGAAGUGAUCCGCCUCCAGCAGAGCCUGAAGCCCUUCAACUGUUCGAUGACAAGGCGAAGUCAAUCGCCCCAAACCUACCCAUCAACCCGUCUACCCCAGACAUGGCGACAUCUGCACAGCACCAGACACAAGCGAAUGGUGGUGUACCGACUUCAGUAGACCAGAAUGCGAAUCAGCUUGCAGGUAGCAUAGCCAAAAUGAGACUUCCUCCUCGUCCGACCAUACCACUGCCACCCAAACCUCCCCCAAGCGCAGUGGCGCCAAGCGGGCUAUAUGAUGGUUCAUGGUACUCCCAAAACAAAGACUUGCGUGAGAAUGAAGACAGAACGGCAUUCUCAAAUGUCCCAAACAAGUCCACAGUCCAGCCGACUUCUUUCACUGGGCCGCCUAUGCCUACUCCACCCACCACACAUCAACAAGCUCAGGAUAAGAAGUCUAGCACAGGUGUAGCUGCGUCAACACCCGAGAAGCUAAGCAAGAAAGAAGCAGCAGAUACCAACAAGAAAACAGAUAUCGUACAAGUCUCAGAGCCAGGCGUCAAUAAGGGAGCUUCUGGGAGAGAAAUCCACGUUCCCUCGUCUGCAAGCAGUCAAGGUCAAGUGGUACCUCGUUCGUCGAAUGAUGUUCUGAGUGUCGAAUCGGCUACCGGAGAUGUGCGAGUGAAGCAAGCUCCCAGAGAUCAAGGGCCUAUCCAGAGGACCGAAAAAGCGCAAGGUAAAGUAUCAGGGGAAGACCGCAAGGUUGAAGGCAGCACCAAGAAGGAAAGUGUCACAAAUCCUCACAGACGCAACCUUGUUCAAUGUGCAACCUCAAAUCCCGCCCCUCCCCUGCCCGAGUUCAAAUUCGACAGCUUCCACCCGCUGUUGAAAUGUCCGAAGCCCGAUUGCCGUGCCAUGACAAGUUGCUGGGAUCGUAACGUGGUCAUCUGCCCUGCCUGUGGGACGGGGAGCUUCACCCGCUACUGCAAGAAGCAGCACCUCUACGAGGACAUCCAACGACACUGGGUACUGGAAUGCCGCCAAAAUAAGAUCACCGGACCCAUUGACCAAGACACAAUCCGCCCUUACCAGAUCCCAAAGCGCGCCUAUAUCAUGGGCCAGAUGCCUAACCUCGUCGAACGCCACAGACAGGCAGUUUACCGUGCCAUGGACGCCGCAGACUACUUCAUCUUCGCGGAUUUGGACGAGAUCGACCCGAGCAUUGCGGAGCCUACGCCAGCACAGUGGAACGCAGUCCGUGGAACAGGAAAGCUGGCGGUGCAGGUCAAGCUCGAACUUACUGAAAGUCUGGGAUGCGAAAGCCGGCUGUUCACAUACCACAUCCAGCGCAUCCUGGCGGUCGGGAGACCGGCUGCCCUGGACAGCUGUCACAGAGCGUUGAGCAUGAUUCGGAACGCGUUGGUCCGGUCUGGGAACUGGACAGAGGAGGUCCUGACCUAUCUGUGCAUGCAAUUGCCAGGAGAAUGGGGCGGCUACCGGGUGCCGGACUCCUACUGGAACGUGGCCGAGGUGAAUGCUCUGUGGAACAUUCACCGCACGCUGCCUGCAUAA